AUGCAAGUAGUCCAGCCAUGGAGACUAAAGAGCAUCAGGACCAUUGACAUAUCUACGUAUAACGACGACGAAGUCAGCAAAGCAUUGAAGAUUGAGCAGACGAGAUCGUUUGAUCUCAGCGUAGAGCCAGGAUGGAGGGUCUGCUUGUUCCAGCUUAGUGGAGACGAGUAUAUCCUGUCGAUCGUCAUGCACCACAUCGUCUCUGACGGGUGGUCGGUAGACGUGCUCCGCCAUGAGCUGGAUGUCUUCUACAGCGCGGCCCUCAAAGGGGACGACCCGUUGUCGCAAAUCACACCGCUCCCAAUCCAGUACCGUGAUUUUGCAGCGUGGCAGAAGCAACCAGAGCAAGCAUUGGAGCAAGACAAGCAGCUUAAGUACUGGACCAAACAACUCGCCAAUAGUACGCCAGCAGAGUUUCUUUGUGACAAGCCAAGGCCCGAAGUUCUCUCAGGCGAGGCUGGUGUCGUUCCCUUCACGAUUGUCGGAGCGCUGUAUGAGAGCCUUCAGGCGUAUUGUCUUGCUCAUCAAGUCACGUCUUUCGUCGUCCUACUGGCUGCCUUCCGCGCGACACACUAUAGGCUGACCGGUACCGACGAUGCUACCAUCGGUAUGCCUACAGCCAACAGGAAUCGACCGGAGCUUGAAAACUUGAUCGGCUUCUUCGUUAACACCCAGUGCAUCCGGACUGCUGUCACAUCUAAUCAGACAUUUGAAGGCCUAGUGCAACAGACUCGCGAUUCGGCAACAGAAGCGUUCGCUAACCAAGAUGUGCCUUUUGAGCAGCUUGUCUCAGCCCUGCUCCCAGGUUCGCGAGACACGUCGCGUAACCCACUUGUGCAGCUGUUAUUUGCAGUUCACACGCAGCGAGAUCUCGGUCAGCUACAAUUUGAAGGGUUGCAAGCCGAACUCAUAGAGAUGACGCCAACAAGCCGGCUGGACAUGGAGUUUCACUUCUUUCAGGAAGACGACUGUCUACAUGGUAGUCUGCUCUACUCGACUGAUAUCUUCGAACCUGAGACAGUUAAGGGACUAUUACUAGUCUUUAACGAGAUCCUCCGCCGCGGCCUCGAAGAAUCGGCAUUGCCAAUCGCUACUCUUCCGCUUACAGAUGGUUUUUCGGAGCUCCGCAGGCUCAACCUGCUCGACAUUGAGAAGACGCCAUAUCCGCGAGACUCAAGCAUUGUCGACGUCUUCCGUGAGCAGGUCGCUGUCUGCCCAGAGGCAAUGGCAAUCAAAGACUCUUCAUCUGAAUUGACAUAUUCUGAACUCGAUCGACAAUCAGAGAGAUUAGCCGCCUGGUUGUGCCAACGACGGAUGGCUCCUGAAACUCUAGUUGGUGUCCUCGCGCCUCGUUCCUGUCAUACGAUUGUCGCCUUUCUCGGUAUUCUCAAGGCGGGUCUUGCGUACUUGCCGCUCGACGUCAAUGUCCCUGUCGCGCGCACUGAAACGAUCCUUUCAGCUGUCGCUGGCCACAAGCUCGUCCUACUCGGGUCUAGCGUACAAGCCCCAGAGAUCGCGAUGCCGGACGUUGAAAUGAUUACAAUCAGCGACACCUUGAAAUACUCAGACACCAAUGUUGCUUCAAUCCGGAGAUCAUCGCCCUCUGCGACAAGUCUCGCAUAUGUCAUUUUCACAUCCGGCUCUACAGGCAAGCCGAAAGGCGUCCAGCUUGAACAUCGCAGCAUCGUCCGACUCAUACGGGACAGCAAUCUUGUUUCUAUGCUUCCGCCAUCGCCUCGUACCGCGCACCUGACAAAUAUCGCAUUUGACGUGUCCGUAUGGGAAAUCUGUCUAGCUCUACUGAAUGGAGGAUCCGUUAUCUGUAUUGAGAAUCCUGUCACGAUGGAAAGCACAGCACUCCAAAGGCUCUUUGCCGAAGAGAAGAUUCAAACGGCCACACUUUCACCCGCACUGCUCAAGAGAUACCUCGCUGAUAUGCCUGACUUGAUCUCCGGCUUGGACAUCCUGUUUACAUCGGGAGACCGUUUGGAUAGUCGAGACGCCAUGGAGGCACAGGCAUUAGUCAAGGGUGGGGUAUACAACGCGUACGGCCCAACAGAGAACCACAUUAGCACUAUCUACUACGUGAAAGACAAAGAACUAUUCACAAACGGAGUGCCUAUUGGCCGCUCUGUAAGCAACUCCGGAGCUGUCGUCAUGGAUACUAAGCAGCAGCUUGUCUCGAUCGGCGUUAUUGGCGAACUGGUCCUAACCGGAGACGGUCUGGCUCGAGGAUAUACCGACCUAGCUUUAGAUAUAAAUCGCUUCGUUGAUGUGACUAUUGACGCUCAGCGAGUCAAAGCGUAUCGCACAGGUGACCGAGUCCGCUUCCGACCACAAGAUGGUCAGAUUGAGUUCUUUGGUCGUAUCGAUCAGCAGGUCAAAAUCCGUGGCUACCGUGUUGAGCUAGCAGAAGUGGAGCACGCUAUGUUGCACCAUAGCGCUGUCAGCGACGCCGCCGUUGUUGUCUCCCAGCGAGAUGGUGCCGAGCAGGAACUCGUCGCAUUUGUUGUCUGCAGGGGUGCCAAAGAUUCAGAACCCGAAAGACAGGUAAACAAACAUUUGCAGGCGGUGCUACCAGCGUACAUGGUCCCAGCACAGAUCAUAGUACUCAGCCAAAUGCCCAUCAAUGCAAAUGGCAAGGUCGAUCGGAAAGAGCUAGGCAUUAUGGCACAGACAGCAGAAAGAAAGAGACGAGUCGUCGAACAUGUGGCCCCUUGCAAUGCGAUUGAAAGCGCAUUGUGUGAAGUAUUCGCGGGCAUUCUCGGGGUUGAAGUCGGUGCGACUGACGACUUCUUCGAGCUUGGUGGGCACUCUCUCACAGCGAUGAAGCUGGCUGCGCAGCUUGGCCGUCGGCUGAAAACUAUGGUGUCUGUCAGAGACAUCUUCAACAACCCUGUGCUCGCUGAUCUAGCGACAACUCUCCAACAAAACACAGAGCAACACCGCCCCAUCCCUUCUAGCAAGUACUCGUGGCCAGUAGAGCAAUCUUUCGCACAGGGCCGCUUGUGGUUCCUUGACCAGUUCAACCUGGGAUCAUUGUGUGUGCUAUACGCUACGGAUCUUUUUGAGACAGAGUCAAUCAACGGAAUGCUCUCCGUCUUCUAUGAGAUUCUGCGCCGCUGUCUCGAAGAGCCAAAGUCGCCGAUUGCUACUUUGCCCCUUACGGACGGCUCGGAGCUUCGCGACCUGAGCCUGCUCGACAUUCCAAGGACAGAAUAUCCACGGGAAUCAAGUGUAGUUGAUGUCUUCCGCGACCAGGUGGCUGCUUAUCCAGAGACAAUUGCCGUCAAGGAUUCCUAUAGUGAACUUACAUAUGCUGAGCUCGACAGUCAGUCCAGCAUGUUAGCCGCCUGGCUCUGCAAGCGAGAGAUGGCACCCGAAAGUCUCGUCGGCGUUAUAGCACCUCGUUCCUGUCAGACUAUCGUAGCCUACCUCGGUAUUCUCAAAGCUGGUCUGACGUUCCUGCCUCUCGAUAUUAAUGUCCCUGCCGCUCGUAUUGGGACCAUUUUGUCAGCUGUGCCGGGGCGCAAGUUGGUUCUCACUGGCCCAAACAUCUCUGUCUCUAGCUAUAACCUCCCCGACACCGAGAUGCUAUCGAUCGCGGACGCUUUGCAACACCCCAUCCACAGCAGCCACAAUGAUGCGCUUGUUCACCCAUCUGCGACCAGUCUCGCGUAUGUCAUCUUCACCUCAGGCUCAACCGGUAAGCCGAAAGGUGUAAUGAUUGAGCAUCGGGGUAUUGUUCGACUUGUCAAGAGUAGCAAUGUCGGAGACAUGCUCCCAAGAGAGUUUCGCGUUGCCCACUUGAUGAAUAUUGCUUUUGAUCUAUCGAUCUGGGAGAUAUUCGCACCACUACUCAAUGGAGGAACGCUUGUCUGCAUCGACUACUUGACUAUUCUGGACAGCAAAGCUCUUGCCGACGCCUUCGCCAAGGAGCAAAUCCGUGUGGCUAUGCUGCCGAGUUUACUCGUCAAACAAUGUCUGGAUAGCUUCCCAGCGAGUAUCGCCGCUCUCGAUUAUUUGUAUGUUGGUGCUGAUCGACUUGACGGCCGAGACGCUAUCAAAGCGCAAUCGCUCGUUCAACGCGGAGUUAUCAAUGCAUAUGGACCUACAGAGAACGCGAUGCUGAGUACGAUCUACAAGGUUCGCGACGUUGAGACAUUCGUCAACGGUGUACCUAUCGGCAAGCCCGUCAGUAACUCAGGAGCUUAUGUAAUGGACGCCAAGCAGCAGCUUGUUCCAACCGGCGUGGUUGGUGAGCUGGUCGUGACUGGUGAUGGUGUAGCUCGAGGAUACAUAGAUGCGACUCUAAAUGUCAACCGCUUUGUGGACGUCAAGAUUGAAGGCCAGCUGGUUAAGGCCUACCGCACUGGAGAUAAAGUGCGCUACCGACCGCAGGAUGGGGAGAUCGAGUUCUUCGGCCGUAUAGAUCAUCAAGUCAAGAUCCGUGGUCACCGAGUUGAGCUCCCAGAGAUCGAGCACGCGAUCCUGAACCAUGCCGCCAUUCUUGACGCAGCCGUUGUUCUCCGAGGACAAGGUGCCGAGCAGGAGGUGUUCGCAUUUGCCGUAGCCAAUGCCGACUACCUAGCGAGCAUGUCUCUCCCCGAUUCAGAAACGGUGAACAACAGUUCUGUAGCGCAACUAGAAAAAGAUGUCUACAACCAACUGAAGACAGUCCUGCCCGGUUACAUGGUCCCAGAACGAGUUGUUAUCCUGGAGCGAAUGCCAAUCAAUGAAAAUGGAAAAACAGUAAAAGCAGAGCAGACGAGACCAUUCGACCUUACUACAGAGCCAGGUUGGAGGGUCUGCUUGUUCCGGAUCGCUAAAGACGAUCAUAUCCUAUCUAUCGUCAUGCAUCACGUCGCAUCUGAUGGCUGGUCAGCAGAUGUACUUCGCAGCGAGCUCGACAACUUCUACGCUAUGGCGUUAGCUGGGGAGAAAGAUCCGCUAUCACAAAUCGCCCCACUACCUGUGCAGUACCGCGACUUCGCGGUAUGGCAGAAGCAACCUGAGCAGCUGGCUGAGCAGCAGAGGCAGCUCGAGUACUGGACAACGCAACUCGCCGAUAGCGCUCCAGCUGAGCUUCUAUGUGAUCGACCGAGACCUGAAGUAUUGUCGGGCGAGGCUGGCGCUGUCAAUGUUACAAUCGCUGGGUCGCUCUACGAUAGUCUACAGGCAUACUGUCGCGCUCAGAACGUCACUCCUUUUGUUGUCCUACUAGCCGCCUUCCGAGCUACACACUAUCGGCUGACUGGGGCUGAGGACGCCACCAUCGGCACACCGACCGCCAACAGGAAUCGACCAGAGCUCGAGAAUCUAAUCGGCUUCUUUGUUAAUACACAGUGUAUGCGGAUCACCAUCACUGACGAUAUAUUUGAUGAUCUAGUACAACAAGUGCGCAAUACAGCGACAGCAGCAUUCGCAAACCAAGACGUACCCUUUGAGCAGAUUGUCUCAGCGCUCCUACCUGGAUCACGAGAUGUAUCACGCAAUCCCCUUGUACAGCUCAUGUUCGCCGUCCAUUCGCAGCGAGACCUAGGCAAACUUCGUCUAAAGGGCUUACAAGAUGAGAGCGUCCCACUUACACCCACGACACGAUUUGAUGUGGAAUUCCACUUAUUCCAAGAUGACAACCGCCUGACUGGAGGUGUGUUGUAUGCGACAGACCUCUUUGAUGUCGAGACUAUUAACAGCAUGCUCGCUGUUUUCAAUGAGAUCCUCCGUCGAGGCCUGGACAGCCCACAGAUUCCAGUCGCUACCCUCCCGUUGACAGAGGGCCUAUCGGAUCUUCGCAGCCAGGGUCUUCUUGACAUAGAGAAGCCAGACUAUCCACGCGAGUUGAGCAUUGUCGAAGUGUUCCGCGACCAGGUGGCCACUUGUCUUGACGUGACAGCGGUCAAGGACACUUCCACGGAGCUGACUUAUGCUGCGCUCGACCGACAGUCCAACAAAGUGGCUAUGUGGCUUUGCCAGCGACAGAUGCCAUCAGAAACUCUAGUUGGCGUGUACGCGCCUCGCUCGUGUGACACAAUUGUCGUCCUGCUCGGGAUUCUUAAAGCUGGCCUCUCGUAUCUACCGCUAGACGUCAAUAUCCCUGCAGCUCGCAUUAAAGAUAUCUUGUCGGCAGUUGAAGGCCACAAGCUCAUCCUUCUUGGUUCUGAUACAACUCCCCCGGACGUUGUCCUGCCAGACCUUGAAAUAGUCCAGAUCAACAAGAUUAAAGGACACGCUGUCACUACAACGAAGCUUCCGUCGACUUCCGCUACGAACCUCGCAUACGUGAUUUUUACCUCUGGCUCAACAGGCAAGCCAAAGGGUGUCAUGAUUGAACAUCGCAGUGUCAUCCGACUAGUCAAGAACAGCAACGUAGUCAGCCGGCUCCCCCAAAAUGCUCAAAUAGCGCACUUGUCCAAUCUCGCCUUCGACGCCUCAACAUGGGAGAUCUACGCCGCGUUGCUCAAUGGUGGGACUAUCAUUUGUAUUGACUAUUUCACCUCCGUGGAUGUUAAAGCACUGAGAACUGUCUUUGCGAAAGAGCACAUCUGUGCAACCAUGCUUCCCCCAGCCCUGCUCAAACAGGUUCUCGCGAUCAGCCCAGAUAUGCUAAGAGAUGUCGAUCUUUUGUUCGUUGCAGGAGACCGGCUCGAGGGUCAAGAUGCCGUCAAAGCACAGGCACUCGUUCCUGAAGGAGUGUAUAACGCUUAUGGCCCUACUGAGAACGCCGUCCUUAGCACAAUCUACAAUAUCCGCCAAGGAGACCAGUUUGUCGGUAGCGUGCCGAUUGGUCGACCAGUUAGUAACUCGGGGGCUUUUGUCAUGGACAGACAACAGCAGCUAGUCUCUGGUGGUGUCAUUGGUGAGCUGAUUGUGACGGGUGAUGGGCUCGCAAGAGGGUACACAGACUCGAAAUUGGACGUCAAUCGAUUUGUGAACGUUAGUCUGGGAGGUAACAGCGUUCGAGCAUACCGGACAGGCGAUCGGGUCCGAAUCCGACCCAAAGACGGCCAGAUUGAGUUCCUUGGACGAAUGGACUACCAGAUCAAGAUCCGCGGCCAUCGCAUCGAGCCUGCUGAAAUUGAGCACGCUAUCCUGAGGUGCUAUGUAGCCGACGAUGCGGCCGUUGUAAUUAAUUGCCAGGAGGGCCAAGAGCCAGAAAUGGUCGGUUUUGUCGCCGUGAAGAGCCAGGUUGAGAUUGAAAUUGAAGAAAACGAAAACGAAAACGAAAACAAGGUAACAGACUGGGCGGACCACUUCGAGUUACGGACAUACGAAGACAUCGGGACGAUUGACUUGUCUACAGUCGGUCGCGAUUUUAUGGGAUGGACGUCUAU